UGCCCCUUACUGCAGUGUCUCUUUCUCUCUCUGCACCGUCUAAAGAUUAGCAGGUUACUAGUAACAAAUACGUCUCUCUGAGAUUGAAUAUUGAAAUCCAUUGGGCAGCAGAAUGGCUUCAAUGGUGUUUGCUGUCAGCCAUCUAUCCAUCAUCCUGGGCCAGACUGAGAAGUUGGCAACUAUGGAGAGGAACUCGCUGUAUCUGACCCUGCAUGACUUGCAGUGCUUCCUCAACAAGAAAUUUCUUCUGCAUAGAUUAGUCUACAUCAGUGCAUUUGACCCAGAGAGAACAACGCGGAAACAAAUUGCAGAAUAUUAUGAGACAUUGUUCCACAAAUUGCACGCUCAGUACCAGGAAAUGCCUAUCAUGGGAUUGCUGCUGAUGUAUUCAAAUCACUAUGUCCACCUGCUUGAGUCUUCCAUUGACAUGCUUUAUUCUGUUAUCCGGGAUCUUGCCACCCCACAGCCUGAAGAUGGGGUGGUUCAGUCAGACAUGAGAAUCCUUGUUUUGUCGCAUAACAUCCCAGAUCGUCUGUAUCGCCAGUGGCUGCAGCGACCGAUAAAUAUGCCUGUCACAUUAAUCAUGGACACUUCCGAGAUAGAGUCAGUGGAGAAACUGGUCCCUGAGUGCCUCAUUCUUCUGCUGAAGCUGGGAAAUUUCAUCCUGCAAAAUCCAAAGAAGACCAUCACCAAGCCAAACCUCUCCGUGUCUGAUGAAGUCCGACACUUGAUCAUCAAGGAGAACACCAUCAAGCAUCUAUGUGGCAGUUCCGACCUCAUGAGCCCACAGAGAUUCCUCGAGCUCUAUGAGAAAUCGACACAUGUUAUCUUAGGCUCAGAAAUUGUUUGGCCAACUCCUCUUCAUCUGUUUCUCGGUGGUUAGUGAAUUCCUUUUGGCUCUGUAUUGUCAACACGCUGCAUCUGAUGAAGUACGUCAGCGGAAUGCUUGUAGUUUUUCACGUAUAUGUAUCAGCUUGCAAUUAAAUAAAAGAACUUCUCUUAAAACAUCUACAUUAUCAUGCCUCACUGUGAGUGAAUUGUAAGAGUUGAAUUCCACUCAGAGUUGACCACAUAUACAACGGGAAGUGAAAUAUCUGUUUUGGUCUGGUGCAUGAGGCGAUAGACCUCACACACAUCCAUUCUCAUUUCCUGUUUAAAUGCUGCAAACUAUUUUAUUUCAACAGAUUUGUCUUCACAAUAAU